AUGUCACCAUCUUUUCUGGAAAUUCCUGAUCUUCCGAUAGAAAUUAUAAUGAAUUACUUGGACUAUAUUGCAAUUCAAUCCGUUCGCAAAACUUGUUGGGACCUCCGGAACUUUAUUGAUGACAAGAAGCCGGGAAUCGGCAUGAACUAUAUUGAAAUUUCUCAAACGUCCAAUACAGCAGUUAGACUGGCAAUGAAUCCUCCUCUCGUCAGGCAUUCAGACUCCCGAUCUAUCGACUUAAUAUACGAAAAACUGGAACACGGAUGCAAAAUUCGGGGUACAACAGGUGACGAAUGGAAAACUAAAAUUGUGGAGAACUUGAACUUUCUGGAUGCUGCUCUCCAUGAUUUCAAAGUUGCCCUAAACACUCAAAAGGCACCAUUCUGGAGGGUCACUGUAAAGUGUUUUUCAAAAACCUUUUUUGAAAAACUUGAAGAAAUUAUGAAGUCACAAAAACCAUUUACAACUGAAUCUAUAGAAAUUCACGUGAAGUCACACGAACAUGCCCGUCAAAUCAUACAGCAUGCGGACCCAAAACAUCUCAAAUCUAUCGAAUUUUAUCCGCAGGAGGAUCUCACCAGCAUUCAUGAGACUGUGGAGUUGGAAUCAUCGAAAAACAUUCAGAAUCUCUCUCAUUUUGCUACUGCUUCCAUUCAUUUUGAGAAUCAAGACGUGGAGACGAUUCGAGCAAUAAAAGAGCACUUUCUUCAAUUCCAUGAGUACGAUAAGCACUUGUACGUGUCCAAUAAUGUCGUCGAAAACAUGUUCAUAGACGCUUUUGGAGCAGCUUUCGAGCAGCCUAGAGAGUUGGAACAAAAUUGGUUUUUCAAUGUUCCUGGCAAUUAUGUAAAAGUCCUUAAAGUUGUGAACGGCUAUCGAAGUUUUGAGUUCGACUUUGUAGAAAAAUGUGAGGUUCCAGAAGGUUACAUGAUUCUUGAUUAA